GGUACCCGAAACUUUUAACUUCUAAAGUAGGUAGCCAACAGCUGGAGGUGGCGGCUGGCAAGGGUGCCUGAUUGAGGUUACAUAGUGGUUGUAACUGCAGCAGCAAGCUUAGAUUCUAGAAGGCCAAGAGGCACACGUCCCUUGUAGCUAGCAAGUCUCUUAUAUUAUGUAAAGGCGCAGCGCUCUAAUCAUUGACCACCGGACUCCUGCCUGCAAGUGCCAGUGCCCGCCACCGGUGCAAUUCGAUUCAGGACGAAGCAGGUUGGCUGUGUCGCUGGCAGAAUUGACGUGAUUGUAACAAGCUGAGGCUGUCGGGCUGCCCUGCAGCUCGCUAAUGGCUGCAGGGUGGGCCCAGAAUGUAAAAGCCCUGGCGUCCAAGCUCAGAUCCCAGUGGAUAGAUGGCAAGUGGAUUGCUCCCAAAAUCAAGGCCAGGGAAGCCGCCAAGCUGAAGCGGGAAACACUCCUCUCGGGCAGAGAAUGGCCUCACGAUCCCCCCCGGAAGGAAAUGAAGAAUAUAAUGAAGGGCCACAAACACGACAGGAUCGCUGCGGAGCGGCGGAAGAAGAUUGAAGAAACCAUGGCCAGGAUGCCACAGAUCAUCGCAGACUUUAAGGCGAAAAAGGCUGCAGAGAAACUUAAAGCAAAGAAAAAGGACUGAAGGCCUGGCGAGCGGGCUCGCCACACGGAAGUGCUCUUGGUCAGAGCCCUGCUAACAUUUUUGAGAGAGUUGUGGCUUUACUUGAUCGAGUUGCAGAUCAUGAACCUUAGAUCCAAGAGCGAACUCUCAGAACUCUGAGUAUUGAUCUACAGGAUCAAUGUACCGUCAUGCACUGAUUAGAACUUCCGAUCAAAGCCCGCGCAUGUGUAGAAAAGCCUCCCAGGUGAUGUCAAUGAAAACAGCAACUGAUCAGUGCCAGGGUCGCAUGUGGAUUUGACAAUGACUCAUGAGGAUCAACUUCAAAGCGUCUGCUCGAGCACCGAUAUAGUGCGCGCAAUAAGCUAGAUCCGAUCGUGCAUG